AUGAGCAGUAUACAACCUGUUAAUCCUUUCAAAUCGUUGGAGAGAAUUGACCAAGCAAAAAUGAUACCUCUAUCAAGAAUUAAGUGUUCUUCAAAACAAUUCACUGUUAGAGUUUUUGUAAAAAGAAAGAUCAAUCUGAAGAAAUUCCAAGGCUCAAUACUUUUGGAUGAUAGUCUUACUAGAAAUCAAAUAAUAAUCAUUUACACUGAAGAAGUUUCGAGAGUGUCCUAUGGUAGUAAAUUCAAAGAUGUAGCUGAAGGAAAGAUAUAUUAUAUCACUAAUGUUUGUGCGGAAAUAUCUUACUUUGCGGUGGAUCAUCCAUUCGUUCUGAGGUGCACUUCAUGGACUGAAGUGAUUCCCUGUCCAGAGGAAUUCAAAUCGCUUCCCACUCUCUAUCGAUUUAUAUCGAUGAGUUCAUUGGAGGUCGAUUACAAAGAGUUGAUAGCGUAUAAAAGAGUGUUUGUCGAUGUAAUCGGAUAUGUACAGAGCAAAGAAUCAUCAAGAGUCGGUUCGAAAAUCAAAAAAAGCAAAAUAGAUGAAACAGCCAUAGUAUCUAUACAAACGAUUACAUUGGCCGACACCGAAAACCACUCGAUUUCCGUUGUUUUCUUUGGUGAAUCGAUAGAAAGAUAUCUUGCCGAUAUCAAUGUUGGUGAUAUAAUAGCAAUCAAAUCAGCCAAGAUUUCGUGUUUCAACCGGUUGUCUCUCAUCUACUCGAGCGUGACCUACCAUGAUAAAGACAUUGAACACUUGAAGCAAUACAGAGAAUUAAAAGAUUGGCUAGAUAACAACUGUACUAAUCAUCAAAACAACAGUAACAUUGUGUUGAGAUCACUGACUAAACAAUGCUAUAGAGAUAAAUUGAUAUCAACAAACAUAGCAUCGAUAGCAUCUAAAAUCUUCAAAGAGGAACAUGAUUAUACAAAUGACAAUCUCUAUGUGGUGGAUGGUAAUAUCUCAAAGGAAGCGAUAUCACUGAAUUUUGAUCGUUUUGGUUGUCCAAAGUGUUAUCAACUGUUUAAAGAUAGAUUAUGCAACGUUUGUAAUCUCCCACCCUGUAGGUUGUUAGAGAUUACCUUUACAGUGACAGAUCCAAGUGACAAUGAUAUUAGUUCUCUGGAGGUAAAUGCAAGAGAUGAAAUUGCAGAGCGUCUGGUCAAGAUGAAUCAAAAUCAGUUUUCUGCAGAAACACCUUUACCGCAUUGCUUAAAGAUUGAAAAUAAUUUUUUGACCAUGGGAUUGAAACUACUGGAAGUCGAUAGGUGGGAACUUUCAUAUUCUACCGCGAAUGCAACGACAUCACAAACCACCAAUGACAAUAGCUCUACCAUUUUAAAUAGUAACAGUAAUAAUAAUAGUAGUAAUCAAAAUCAGGAUGGUGUUAUAGAUUUCAUUGUUGUUGGAUCGGGAAAUCAACAACUAAACAAUGUCAACUACAAUGAUGAUGAUUUGGUUGUAGAUGCAGCUGCUUCAGCAGCAUCAUCAGUAACAUCUACAUCGAUUGCAUCUUCAACCAGUACUACUUCAACUGCUACUGCUACUGCUACUAGAAAGAGAGCAAAGAAAGAGGAUCUAACUGUUUUGACACUUGCACAACUCAGACAGAUCUGUAAGGAUAUGGGUUUAAAACAUUCACUAUCAAAGAAAACAGAGAUAGUCACCCUUAUUGAAUCUCACAAAGCUAUUCUUGAGAAAGAGAGAAAGAAACAAGAGAGAAAAGAGAAGAAGUUGGCUUUGUCACAACAAAAACAGCAAGAACAAGAACAACAACAAAAACAAGAACAACAAAAGAAAGUAAAAGCAGAAGAAAAAGAAGAAGAAGAGGUAGAGGAGAGUGCAGAGGAUUUCGAUGAUCUAAAGAAAUACACAAAGAAAAAGUUGUACACUUUGCCAUAUGAGGAACUCAAGAGAAUCUGUGAAGAUCGUCGUUACACUUGCAGUAUCAGCACACAGAGAGAGCUUGCCAAGUUUAUUUAUUACAAACUUCAGGAGGAAGAUGCCAGAAAGAAGACCGAGAAACUGUUAAGUCAGCUACAACAAAUAAAAGAUGAAAACAACCAACAACCACAACAACAACCAUUAAUCGUUUCAGAACAACCAACACAACAACAACAACCUAAUAUUCCAAUUGAAACAAUCUCUUUAACAACAAACCCUGUUAUUGUUGCUAAACAAGAAAAGAGAGAUUUACCACCACCACAACAACAACAACCUAUCGCUAUUCCAACUGAAUCAACAAUCUCUUUAACAAAUAAACAAGAAGCAGAAACAACCGAGCCAGUUAAGAAAGAAGAAAGAGAUUUACCACAACAUAAACAACACCAACACCAACAACAAGUAAUAACAAAUAAAUAUCAAAAACAACAAAGACCACAACCACAACACCAACAACAAAAACCAACAUAUAUUAAUAAGAACACUAAUACUACCACCACUACAACUGAACCAAAGUUGAAACCACUUGUCAAUUCUUUGAGUAUUGAUGAACUUUUAUAUGUCUGCAAGGCAAAGGAAGUUUGGGUCAAAGGCAGAGUUGUCACAAAGUCAAAGCUUCUUUCAGCGUUGUCACAAAUCAACAUUACGAAAACCUCUCAGGUACAAGAGUACGUUGACGAGUUCCAUCGCACAAAGCAAGCUGCGAAAUCAAAUACCUACACACUCGCCACCACCAAAUACACCAAUGAAUCGGCAUCGUUCAAAACAGCACUCACCAACUUGCAAUCUCAAUUCUUUGUACUCACCGAAGAUCUUAAAGCAACCAUACAUUCAUUAGACGAUCCAUCCAUCUCUCCAAAUCAUAGAAUCUCUCAAACAAAGAAAUUAAAUAAUAUAUUUAAAGAUGUAUUAUUACCUGUUCAAUGUGAAAAUAGUAAAGAUAAAGUGGAAUUGGAAAAUUAUUGGAAUGGUCUGGUUAAUCAAUUCAAUUCGGUGUUGCUUAGUACCAUCGGUGCAUUGAGUAGCAAUUCACUUGCCAACGCCAAUGCCAAUUCGAUAUUCAAGUACAUGUCAGAGUCAGACUAUGAGUCGUUGCCACACGCCGUUGAACUCUACCUCGACAGAAUGUUGUUCAACCAAGAGAUACUCACAUAUAUCAAGAACUACUUUCACAAUCGAGGUACCAUUCCCUAUCAGAUAUCCGAUAUCAAUACAGAGUUGGCUAGAUUAGAUAGUCAGAAGAAUAGCAGCAACAACAACGACAUCACACAACAACCAUCCAAUUUCAAUCGCACGAAGAAUCUCAUUGAACUAAGAACAUACCUAACUAUUCAAAUGACUAAAUUCAACGAAGCAUUGAAAAGUUACAAUCAACUAGACAAGCAAAUACGUUUCAAAUGUGUAUUUUCGUUCUUGGCACUGUUUGAGCGUAUGGUUAUUCUCGGCCGUUUCGAUGACUCUCUGAAUUUCCUCAGUGAGAAUAUCGGUCAACUUGCAAGUGAGAAUGUUGUUAGCAUCAGUGGUAACAACAACAACAAUCAUUUUGUUGGAGAAAAUUGUGAAGCGAUUGGACGAAGAAGCUACACUGCUCGGUUGUUUGACGGAAGCCAACAUUCAUCAGUUGAUGCGUGCCAAUCGCGAACCAAUUAUCAACCUCAUUCCUCAGCUAGACAAACCGAUGCUUAUCAAGGUGCUCUCAGAGUUGAAUCACUAUAUGAAGUCUGGAACUUUCGAGAUCAACGAUGCGCAAGCCGACAUGGUUCGAGAGUGCGUCGAGAACAUCUUGAUCAAAGAUGUCGACUUGCGCGAUCUAGAGUCUUGGGAAUCGAUCGUUGCGCUUCUCCAAUCAAAGUCACUGCUCUCCACACUCGACAAGGUGAUUGGCAAGAUUGUCCAGAUCCCAGAGUUAACAACAAGUCUGCAACCGACCAGACAUCGAUGAUCUCCUUCUGGCUCCUGAGACAAACCAUCUACGCAACCAACUCAUCGAAGCGUCAGUACAUUACAAACUCGUGGGAUCGUUCGAUCAUUGCCAACGUCCCAUUCAGUCUUGGCAAGACAAAUCUUGUUGAUACUGCUCUCAAAGGAUCAGAUUCCACAUGGAUCGUUGCUGAUCAACGCCGUCUCCAUUCUCUACGAGGACGACACAGAAAAAUCCGUCAGCAACUGCCAAUUGUCAUCGGUAGUUCACCGAAUAUGUAUGCCGCCACCGGCUAUCACUGUAUGGAGAUCGACAACAAAGAGUAUCUCUUAAAGAUCUUCCAGGCGAUGCUAGACAAGUGUAUUCCAUUCAACAUGUAUUUCAUCUCAAAAGUAUGCAACUACUUCAAUGGCUCCAAUGAUAUCCAAUCGUUGCCAGAGCAAUCGAUCGUGCAGAUCCGUUCGAUCUACGAGAACAAGCAGUCCAACCCAGGCAAACUGAUUGGCUUGACCAACGUCGUCUUCAACGACAUGCUCAAGAAGAACGAGUUGGAAGCAGCCGAGAAACUGUUCAACACCACCAAAGAGUUGAAAGACGUCACCUGCUAUCACCUGGCGAUUCGUUUGUUCUUUGCGAAACACCGCGAACUCGACCCAUUCGGACCGAGUGCCUACUGUGCAUUCGACCAGCUCGAAAAGUUCCUUGGCAUCGACGAGGUACACAAACAAAAGUAUUUCGCAGCGCUAUUUGACUAUUUCCACGAGAAUCAACAGUCUCACCAUGUCGUGGCGAUGAUGAAUGUCUACGAGCCAUACUUUAGAACGUUCCAAGAGGUGGCGCUGCUCAACUCGAUAUUGAAAUGCAUAAAGAGUCCGAUCUUGAAGAUCGAAAUGUUCAAACGAUUCAAAUUGGUCUCCUUUAAAAACUCUUUUCCCAAACAAAUCAAAUCCGAAAUACUCAAAGCCAACGAGAUCGUCAUGGAUCCCGAGGUGGACAGCAAGUUGAGUGAAAUGACUUUCCGUGAACCACAAGCAUUAAACCCAGAUAUCGAAGAUUUAAUCAAUAAUAUUUUGGUACCAAAGUUAUAA